GACGCCAUUCCCACAAUGCUCUGGGCGUGCCGCCGCCGUAGCUGCCGCCUCCGCUGCCGCUAGUGGAAGAAGAUGGCGGAAGGCGGAGCGGCGGAUCUGGACACCCAGCGUUCUGACAUCGCGACGCUGCUGAAAACCUCGCUCCGGAAAGGGGACACCUGGUACCUAGUCGAUAGUCGCUGGUUCAAACAGUGGAAAAAAUAUGUUGGCUUUGACAGUUGGGACAAAUACCAGAUGGGAGAUCAAAAUGUAUAUCCUGGACCCAUUGAUAACUCUGGACUUCUCAAAGAUGGUGAUGCCCAGUCACUUAAGGAACAUCUUAUUGAUGAACUGGAUUACAUACUGUUGCCAACUGAGGGCUGGAAUAAACUUGUCAGCUGGUACACAUUGAUGGAAGGUCAGGAGCCAAUAGCACGAAAGGUGGUUGAACAGGGUAUGUUUGUAAAGCACUGCAAAGUAGAAGUAUACCUCACAGAACUGAAGCUCUGUGAAAACGGAAACAUGAACAAUGUUGUAACUCGAAGAUUUAGCAAAGCUGACACAAUAGACACAAUUGAAAAGGAAAUAAGAAAAAUCUUCAAUAUUCCAGAUGAAAAGGAGACCAGAUUGUGGAACAAAUACAUGAGUAAUACAUUUGAACCGCUGAAUAAACCAGACAGCACCAUUCAGGAUGCUGGCUUAUACCAAGGACAGGUAUUAGUGAUAGAACAGAAAAAUGAAGAUGGAACCUGGCCAAGGGGUCCUUCUGCUCCUAAGUCCCCAGGUGCAUCCAAUUUUUCAACUUUACCAAAGAUCUCUCCUUCAUCUCUAUCAAAUAAUUAUAACAACAUCAACAACAGAAAUGUGAAAAAAAACUCAAAUUAUUGUCUCCCGUCAUAUACUGCUUAUAAGAAUUAUGAUUAUUCCGAACCUGGAAGAAACAAUGAACAGCCAGGCCUUUGUGGCCUAAGUAACUUGGGAAAUACGUGUUUCAUGAACUCAGCUAUCCAGUGUUUGAGCAACACACCUCCACUUACUGAGUAUUUCCUCAAUGAUAAAUAUCAAGAAGAACUGAAUUUUGACAAUCCCUUAGGAAUGAGAGGCGAAAUAGCUAAAUCAUAUGCUGAACUGAUCAAGCAAAUGUGGUCUGGGAAGUUUAGCUACGUCACCCCAAGAGCAUUUAAGACACAGGUAGGACGUUUUGCACCCCAGUUCUCUGGAUAUCAGCAGCAAGACUGUCAAGAACUAUUAGCUUUCCUAUUAGAUGGACUACAUGAAGAUUUGAAUAGGAUUAGGAAAAAACCGUAUAUACAAUUGAAAGAUGCUGAUGGAAGGCCUGAUAAAGUGGUUGCUGAAGAAGCCUGGGAAAACCAUUUAAAAAGAAAUGAUUCCAUCAUAGUAGAUAUAUUUCAUGGCCUUUUCAAAUCAACUUUAGUUUGUCCUGAGUGUGCUAAGAUUUCAGUAACAUUUGAUCCUUUUUGUUACUUGACACUUCCUUUGCCCAUGAAAAAAGAACGUACCUUGGAAGUUUAUUUAGUUAGAAUGGAUCCACUUACUAAACCUAUGCAGUACAAAGUGGUUGUCCCCAAAAUUGGAAAUAUACUAGAUCUUUGUACAGCGUUGUCUACUUUGUCAGGAGUACCUGCAGAUAAGAUGAUAGUUACUGAUAUAUACAAUCAUAGAUUUCACAGAAUAUUCCCUAUGGAUGAAAACCUUAGUAGUAUUAUGGAACGGGAUGAUAUUUAUGUAUUUGAAAUUAACAUCAAUAGGACAGAAGAUACAGAGCAUGUGAUUAUUCCUGUUUGCCUAAGAGAAAAAUUCAGACACUCAAGUUAUACCCACCAUACUGGUUCUUCACUUUUUGGUCAACCUUUUCUUAUGGCUGUCCCACGAAAUAAUACUGAAGAUAAACUCUAUAAUCUCCUCCUUUUGAGAAUGUGCCGAUAUGUCAAAAUAUCUACUGAAACUGAAGAAACUGAAGGAUCCCUACAUUGCUGUAAGGACCAAAAUAUUAAUGGGAAUGGCCCAAAUGGCAUACAUGAAGAAGGCUCACCAAGUGAAAUGGAAACAGAUGAACCAGAUGAUGAAUCCAGCCAGGAUCAAGAACUUCCCUCAGAGAAUGAAAAUAGUCAGUCAGAAGAUUCAGUUGGAGGAGAUAAUGAUUCUGAAAAUGGAUUAUGUACUGAGGAAACUUGCAAAGGUCAACUCACGGGACACAAAAAACGAUUGUUUACAUUCCAGUUCAACAACUUAGGCAAUACUGAUAUCAACUACAUCAAAGAUGAUACAAGGCAUAUAAGAUUUGAUGAUAGGCAGCUUAGGCUAGAUGAAAGAUCUUUUCUUGCUUUGGAUUGGGAUCCUGAAUUGAAAAAAAGAUAUUUUGAUGAAAAUGCUGCUGAGGAUUUUGAAAAACAUGAAAGCGUGGAAUAUAAACCUCCUAAAAAACCCUUCGUGAAAUUAAAAGAUUGCAUUGAACUUUUUACAACAAAAGAAAAGCUAGGUGCUGAAGAUCCCUGGUAUUGUCCAAAUUGUAAAGAACAUCAGCAAGCCACAAAGAAAUUGGAUUUAUGGUCCCUCCCUCCAGUACUUGUGGUACAUCUCAAGCGAUUUUCUUACAGUCGAUAUAUGAGAGAUAAAUUGGAUACUUUAGUUGAUUUUCCUAUCAAUGACUUGGAUAUGUCGGAAUUCUUAAUUAAUCCAAAUGCAGGUCCUUGCCGCUAUAAUUUGAUUGCUGUUUCCAACCAUUAUGGAGGGAUGGGAGGAGGACACUAUACUGCUUUUGCAAAAAAUAAAGAUGAUGGAAAAUGGUACUAUUUUGAUGACAGUAGUGUCUCCACUGCAUCUGAAGACCAAAUUGUGUCCAAGGCAGCAUAUGUACUCUUCUACCAGAGACAAGACACUUUCAGUGGAACUGGCUUUUUUCCUCUUGACCGAGAAACUAAAGGUGCUUCAGCUGCCACAGGCAUCCCAUUAGAAAGUGAUGAAGAUAGCAAUGAUAAUGACAAUGAUAUAGAAAAUGAAAACUGUAUGCACACUAAUUAAUGAAAGUCCUAGAAGCCAUAAAAGAGAGACUUCCUGCUGGUGGUAUCUAUGAAAAUGAAGUUACCCACCACAUUAAAACAAGUCUGAGAUGGGGAGUUUCAGAUAACCGAAUGUAAAUCCUUUAUCAGAUUUUAACUUGUGCAGUACUUGAAGUGAAACACAAUGAAAACUUUAACAGAAAUUGUCUCAUAAUACAUUUACAGUCUUGUAUUUACAAGCUAAAUAUAUAUAGGAAAUCACAAAUAAAUCCCUUUUAAGUUU